CGGCCGGACUCGGUUCCGCUCGGCGCUGCCGCUUCAGAGGACGAGAGUGACGUGCACAAGGGUGACGACAAGCCCGCUCCCGCAGGCCUCUGUCCUGGGGACCAGAGGAAGCUGAGCCGGACCCCGAAGUGCGCCCGCUGCCGCAACCACGGGGUGGUGUCCUGCCUGAAGGGCCACAAGCGCUUCUGCCGCUGGAGGGACUGUCAGUGCGCCAACUGCCUGCUGGUGGUGGAGAGGCAGCGGGUGAUGGCGGCGCAGGUGGCGCUGAGGAGGCAACAAGCUACCGAGGUGAGG